UAAAUAUAUCUCAAUGGAACGCCGGGGGAGCUUCUUGGGCCGUUGGUUACCGUUAUCAACAACAGCCAGCAAGCCGGGCAACAACAUGAUUGUGGUCCUUGUCUUGUGGGCGGUAUGGAAAAAUCCCUAUCAAACAUAAGCACAUUUUUUUUGUACUAAUGUAGCCAUGUAUCCAAGUGUCGGUAUAUAACGUGUAGCUAUUUUUGUUGGAAUACGAGCAUUAGCUAGCUAGAUAUUAAUUUAACCGGAACUUUAUAUCGCUAGCUAACUUUUUUUAAAACUUUGACGUUACUGUAGUUAGGUACUGUACUAGCUAAAUGUGUGCUCUAGCUAGUAUUUUCAGUCUUGUAGGCUAUGUUGAGAUGUAGAUAAGCAAGCUAUAUGAGUAAAUCAAGACGGUUAACCCCUCCUUAUAUCCUUGACUUGGUCAUUUCAAAAUGGCUUGACAAGUAGUCCCAGUGGACGGUUUUAUUAGAGGUCAACACUAUCGGAUCUGCUACAGUACAGGCUGGCUGGCCAAGUAACGUUAGGGGUUUAUUUUGGCCGAGGACAAGAUUGAUGAGUGACUGGUGUGUGAUUUGACUUCUCCUGUGUGAUUGCUAGCAAGUCAUUAACGUUACUCAUCACUUAUGACUGCUGUUGUCACCAAGUCUGAUCCUUUCUCAGAGGCAGCUUGUCGACUCUUUAAUCCACAUAAGACCCUGACACUGCUUUAAAGCCAUCCAAGCUGUUGAGUCUCUCCUGCAAAUCUGGGUCAGUACUGAGUGUAGUGGAGGUAACAUUAUUCAGUGGCUCUACAUUUUGAGAGCUACUUUGGACAUUGAUAAUAUCGCAUUGACUUGAUGUCACUUUGAAAGAAAUGUUUGAUUUGUGUUCUGAGUUUAGUCUAUAAUUCAGCUGCUUUUUAUUUUUCAGUGUGGUCAAGUAGUGUUGUUUUUCAGUCAGUGAAAAGUGAAGAACAUUGGAGAGCAGUUUAGGCCGGAUAUCGGGAUGGAGCAGGACAUUGCUGCAGUGGAGCUGGUAGAAGUUCGAAAGUUACAUGAAUUAGUGCGGAGACUGGAAAUUCAAAAUGAAUUUCUAACCGAGAGGCGAAGAAAUAUCAACACCAAAAACCAGUCUCUCUCUGGUGUGCUUAUCAGCUGUCCCUCUUCGCUGGAAGAACAUCUAAACUGCUGUGAUUUGCCAGACCCUGAACCAGCAGAGGUCAACGGUGGGGAUGGUAUAUCUCCACCUCUUGAAAGCCCCAGAGAUACACUAGUGAGGCAGGAUGGACACGUAUAUGAUGGCUGUUAUACACACUUGCCCCACAGUGACAUGUUGGAGGAGACACACAGGCAAGGAUGCAUGGGGUCAGAGGAGCUGGUGGUCAGGGACACAGAGAAGAGAGCAGAGCAGUCUUCUCUGGAGCUAGUGGACCUCCUGUACCUAGAGGAGUGUUGUGAGGUGGAGAAUGAAGUGAGCUGGUUAUAUGAGUCACCCAAGAAAGGGGCAUCUACUGAGAGAAGUGAUGAGUCCCCUAUAAAGUGGUGCAGACAGGUCCUGGACAACCCCAGCCCUGAAACAGAGGUGGCAUGUCACACACUAAUUAAUAUCCUGGACCAAAAGACGAGAUGGAGGAGUAUCUUUAGCAGUCGCUCCCACAGACGUCCUGUAGCCUUCCCUGACACUGGCCAUCUCUGCAUGGGCUCACCUUCCCCUCGGUACCACAGAUCAACUGACAGAAGUCAACAAACCAACAAACCUAACAGCUCAGAUGGCAAUGAAGCUAUUUUACCACCAUCAAUGGACAAGAAUGAGCCGAGUUUCUCAGAUGACUCCAUCACCAUGGGCUACAGGCUGCAGGACCUCACUGAUGUCCAGAUCAUGGCUCGCAUGCAGGAAGAGAGUUUACGACAGGACUAUGCCUCCAUCCCUGCUGCCGCCACACCGUUCAGGGGUCCUGGUGCAUCCAUGCUGUCACCUUCUAACUACAGCUACAAUGAUCUGGAGUUCGACAAGUAUAGCCUGGAGGACACAGUCGCAUACACACCGCCUCCCAGCCAGCUGCCCCACUACCGCCGUUCCCCAUUGGGCCAGUCACCCAGAGCCAUAGCCCAGCCUGGUUACGGCAGCCAGCUGCCAAGGCCUCCCAGUCAAGCGACCCCUCAAUCUAAGCUGUUUAAGAUUCAAGCGACCCCUCAAUCUAAGCUGUUUAAGAUUGCAAAGAGCAGAGAGGGUCUGAGAAGCAGCAUGUCCAACCAGGAUUCACCUCCUCGCACCAGCCUCCGCUCCCUCCAGGCAGUCAGGAACAGCCGCAACCUGGAGGCCAACGGCCAGCUCCUCACAGACCACCCCACCUCCCGGCUCACCUACCCUGUAGCAGGUUCAACCAAGUCUCCAUCAGGUGAGUCUUCAGUCAGGCUUAGGAGUGGUGGCAGAUCUUCAUCUGUUUCUGCCAAAACCUUGAGCUCCAGUGACCCCCCUGCAACUGGAGCAGCACAGCAGUCCCUGAGAGAAUCAUUUCAGGCCUUGUCUAUUAGAGGGCUGCCGAGAGCCCAGUCCCUCAGCCCCUCUGGUUUGAGGAUCCCCUGUCCCAGUAAGGACUUUUCAGUUGGAGGGUACCUAUCAACUCAUGGUCGUGUCUAUGCCUCCCCUGAGAGGUCCACUACCCUGGCUUGGGGCAGACGGGGGCAGCCUGCCAAUACCCAUAGGUAAAAAGGUAUACUCAAUGUUUCUCAGUAAUUCCUCAGUAAUCUGUAACAUACUCUCACUCAAAAUAACUCCACUUAAUGUAUUAAAGCACAUUAAACAGUA